AUGUCUGACGUUGAAGAAGUCCAAGAAGUUGUCGUUGAACAAGCUACCGAAGCUGUCACCAUUGAAGACGCCUUGAAGGUCGUCUUGAGAACCGCUUUGGUUCACGAUGGUUUGGCCAGAGGUUUGAGAGAAUCUGCCAAGGCUCUAACCAGAGGUGAAGCCCAAUUGGUUGUUUUGGUCGACUCUGUCACCGAAGACAACAUCAUCAAGCUUGUCGAAGGUUUGGCCAACGACCCAGAAAACAAGGUUCCUUUGAUCAAGGUUGCCGACGCCAAGCAAUUGGGUGAAUGGGCCGGUUUGGGUAAAGUCGACCGCGAAGGUAACGCCAGAAAGGUUGUUGGCGCUUCUGUUGUUGUUGUCAGAAACUGGGGUGCCGACACCGAAGAGCGCCAAAUGAUCUUGGAACACUUCUCCCAGUAA